AUGGGGAUGGGAAACAUGAAGGAGCGGAACAACAUUUCUAAGAAAAUGGGGGUUAUGGAGAAAGAGGAGUUAGAGAGUGGAGUAGUUUCGUAUUCAAACUCGGUGGGUUUAUCGGGAGGGAUAUUAACGUUGUGGAGGAAUGAUAAGGUGGAAGUUUUACUUAGUUUCAAAGGAGGGGGUUAUUUAGGGGUUAAAGUCUUAUGGAAAGGUAAUAUUUAUUAUGUGGUGAAUGUGUAUUCUUCUUGCUUCUUAAUCAAGAAGAAAGAGUUAUGGGUCGAUUUGUUGAAUUUGAAGAAUGGAUGUACGGAUGGAGAAUGGUUAAUUGGUGGAGAUUUCAAUGCGAAAAAAAAGCGAGAUGAAAGGAAAGGGCGGUCGGAAAGGGAGUUAAUUAAUGGUGUGGAUCUUUUUGGUAAAUUCAUUGAAGAUAGUGGGUUGGUAGAUGUGCCUUGUAAAGGAAAAAGAGACAUUUCGGAUCAUUGCUCGCUUUGGUUGGUGGUAGAUGAUACUAAUUGGGGUCCUAAACCAUUUAAGUUUAAUUAUGAAUGGUUUUCCUUUAAUUCGUUCAUUCCUUUUAUUGAGAAGGAAUGGAAGGAGAUGGUGGUAGAAGGAAGAGGAGGUUUUGUUCUUAAGGAAAAACUUAGACGGCUUAAAGAGACGUUAAAGUGGUGGAAUAAUACAGUUUUUGCAAGAUUGACUUGGAAGUGGAAGAUAGUGAGAAUGACAUCAAUUGUGGGGAUUCUAAGUUAG